AUGGCAUCGCCUGUAUCCAGCUGCAACGGGCUGCAGUUUGACUCCCUGGAGGAUAUGCACAUCUUUAUCCUCUCCAACAUCCUCCGCAGGCCCAUCAUCGUCAUCGCAGGUACAGCCUUUCUCAAUGGAGCCUCUCAUCACUCAGUUCAUCAGAAGUUUAAACCCAGACGUGUAUGCAGUUUCUGAAGUCAGUAUGCUGUCUGUCUGUAGGUCUGUCUACUAUAGCAGCAGAAGGAGUCAGUGUGCGGUCUGUCUGUAGGUCUGUCUACUAUAGCAGUAGAAGCAGUCAGUGUGCGGUCUGUCUGUAGGUCUGUCUACUAUAGCAGCAGAAGGAGUCAGCGUGCGGUCUGUCUGUAGGUCUGUCUACUAUAGCAGUAGAAGCAGUCAGUGUGCGGUCUGUCUGUAGGUCUGUCUACUAUAGCAGUAGAAGCAGUCAGUGUGCGGUCUGUCUGUAGGUCUGUCUACUAUAGCAGUAGAAGCAGUCAGUGUGCGGUCUGUCUGUAGGUCUGUCUACUAUAGCAGUAGAAGCAGUCAGUGUGCGGUCUGUCUGUAGGUCUGUCUACUAUAGCAGUAGAAGCAGUCAGUGUGCUGUAUUGUGUUCAGUGACUAACUCAUGGCUGUAUCCUUACAGACCAGGUGCUACGCAGCAUGAAGUCCUGCUCAUCCUUCUCCCCCCUCAACGUGGGGGGCAUCUACCUGCCUCUGCACUGGCCUCCAGGGGAGUGCUACAAGUACCCCAUAGUGCUCGGCUAUGACUCCCAGCACUUUGCCCCCCUCAUCACCAUCAAAGACAGUGGCCCAGGUGUGUAAAGUAACCGUCAUUGAUAGAUUAUUGUGUUGAGGAGUGCUUGUAGGAUGUUUUGGUGUACAGUGUCAUUGGGUCCCAGAAAGGUGCUAGCUAUAUACUACCUGCUGUGUAUCAUCAUUAUGACUGUGUGCCCCAGAGAUCCGAGCAGUGCCACUGAUCAUCCCGGGCCGCGGGGGCUUUGAGGGGCUCAAGGUGCACUUCCUUAUGGAGAAGGAGCAGACGCAGAAGGAGAGGCUUCUGAAGGACUACCUGAUGCUGAUGGAGAUCCCUGUCAUCGGACUGGGCAACAACACCACACGCAUCAUCAACGCUGCCAGGUGGGUGGCACACUAGAGGCAUGGAGAACUAUAGAGAUCAGGGUGUAAAGCAGUGUUUAAAAAGCACAAUACAAAUCUGUUUAGGAAAAAGUAUGUUUGUGGCAAAAUAGUACUUUAAUUUGAUUUACUUUAUUUAUUAGGGUGGGUCAAGUUGAGAACCAAUUGUCAUUAUUGACGACAUGGCGGCCUGGCCAAGAGGUUUAUAAUUAUCCUAUCAGUAGUAUUGAGUGUGUUGUGUGUUGCCUCUCCCAGGCUGGAUGAAGGGAAUCUGCCUGAGGACAUGAACCUGAUGGAGGACUACCUCCAGUUGGUCAACCACGAGUAUAAGCGCUGGCAGGAGGACAAGGACCAACUGUGGGCCGCCCAGCCCCAUAGACCACCCCCCUUCUCCGUGUCCCAGCUGUCCCUCAUCGAGAUCCGCUGUGCCACCCCACGGUGCACCUUCUACGUCUCUGUGGACACCCAGCCACACUGCCACGAGUGCUUUGAGAAACGCCAAGGCCAGCCCAACGGGGGGAUAGAGGCCGCCCCUACGAAAGGCGGUGGUCAGGCGUGUGAGCCGGAGUGUAGUAGUAAAGUACGGACCAGUCCCCCUGGCUGCCGGGCGGUGUUAUCCAGCCCGCUCUCCGUCCCUCCCCCGCCCACGGCGCCCAGCCUCAGCCUUUACAGUGAAACCCACGCCAUGAAGUGCAAGAAGCCUGGCUGCGAUUUCACCCUCAGGGUGGAGCACAAUGGUCUGUGUGAACACUGCUUUAACACCUGGCAGAAUGCACCCGCUGCUGCUACUGCUGGCCCCUCCGGACCCCCAGCAGGCAACCCCAAGGGCCUCCCCCUGCCUGCCCACCCCAGCUGGCCACAGUGGGAUGCAGGACGGGAGCAGGAGACAGAGAGGUGCAGCGUGUGCCACCAGGAGGCCUUCAGGAUAUUUAACGGACUGUGCCCUCCCUGCCUCCAGAACACUGCCACAGAGAGGGGCGAGCAGCCCCAGCCGCCAGCAGCAGCCAGGAAAGAGGCCUCUUCUGGGUCGUUAUGGACCCAGCCCCAGCCCAGGGAAUCUGAGCGCUCGGGCACCUCGGCACUCAACAGCCACAUGCCAGGCCUCACCUGGCAGGUGCCCCCGGGCCAGCCCUGUAUGAGGUCGGGAUGCCAGUUCUUCGGGACUCAACAGAAGCUGGGAUUCUGCACCAUCUGCUAUGUUUACUAUCAGACCAACCACCGUAAGUCUAACCAGACGCUUGUUCUUAGUCAUUUUAACAAGAAAUGCUUUUCUUAUAAUUUCCCAGCAAAAUAUAUAGAUUGAAUGUAAAGGAAUCAGGCCACAUCAAAACCCACAGCUGUCAUGUCUUCUCUUGGUCUACUUAUGUCAGUAUACUUAGAAACAACGUGAAACUAGUUCUGUCUGUUUACACCAGACAGAACUGGAAAAGCUGCAAAUUUACUGGAAUCUCAAGAAUAGUUGAUAUUGUGUGUGGUCAUAUGUGAGUUUGACAUGUGGUUUCUCUGGGUUUAUUUCCUCCAGUGGCGACCCCUCCUCCUCCCCCUGCUCCAAUCCAGAGUCGCUACGCGUCAGAGGCAGGCUUCCAGAAUGCUUUGCGCUGUCAGCGCCCGGGCUGUGGGGCCAUGGACAAGACCAUGAUGGAGGGCUACUGUAACGAGUGCUACUUAAAGGAGCAGAGCUCCAGGUUCAACCAGACUGCUACCAGAGUUCCUGGCGCCCACUCCCCUCCACUGGUCAUGGUGAGUGUCUCCCUCCCUCUCACCCAGGGCCCAGUGGCUGUACACUACAUCUUGAAUUGCAAAUGAUUUUUUACAGUUUUUAGAGUGUAAUACAACUUCGAUCAGAUAGAAUGAUUUGCUUCCACAAGUGACAACGUUCUCUUUGUUUUUCUCUAUCUGCAGCGAACUGCUAAACCAGAACCAGACAGACCCAGACAGACCCAUACCCAGGCAACGUGCAGGCGGAGUGGCUGCAGUAACAUCUCCCCCGGGUGCACAGACCUGUGUCCAGAGUGCCGGGCCACGCGGGGGCAGAGAGAGAGCCGCAGGGAGAGGGCAGGGGCACCUAAAGAGAUGACGAAGCAGCGCUGUAAAACCCAAGGCUGUGACCACUAUGCCAACAUAGAGAAGCAAGGCUACUGUAACGAAUGUGAAUACUUUAAGCAGAUCUACAGGGGGUGA